ACUACACAAAUUGUACUGCUAUUGGAUUCUGGAAGUUUGCAAGUUUUAAUAAUUUAGUUCUGAGCAUAGAAAGUAAUAAUUUAUUGUUAAAGUUUUAAUUUUAAUUAUUUUGAACUAUGGAGGUGGACAAAGUUGCAGACGUAAUAUUUGUGAUUGAAGGAACGGCAAUCAACGGAGCUUACAUUAAUGAUCUCAAAAUAAAUUACAUCGUCCCAACACUUGAAUAUUUCUCACAGGGUCCACUUGAUGACCGGGAAUAUCUUAUAUCCGACAAAAAUUCAGCAUUGUACGGAAUCGUUGUCUACAAAACAGCACAGUGCAUGCCAAAUAAAUCUGUAGAAACCUUUGGACCUAUCACUAGUCCCUUAAAAGUACUUGAAACCAUUGAGAAACUAGAUCUUACCGAAGGACAGAGUGAAUCCAAUGCGAAUCUUGCAGAAGGGUUUGCUACCGCCCGAGUUUGUUUUGACGAUAUGAAACAAAUACGCGGCGACAGCAACAUGAACGUCCAAAGACAUCUAAUAUUGAUUUGUAACAGCCCUCCAUACUCGUUGCCUGUGCAAGAUUGUUAUCAGUAUGAAAAUAAAACAAUAGAACAGUUGGCACCGAUGUUUGCUGAGAAGAAAAUUCACUUGUCGAUUAUAGCUCCCAGAAAAAUUCCCAUUCUUUUCAAACUCUUUACAAAAGCUGAUAGUGAUCUUCCUUUAGCUACCAAAAACUAUUGCAGAGAUAUAAGACAUUUAAUCCUACUGAAAGGCUUCCAUCUGAAGGAAAGACCUGUAAGCCCGAAUGUUAAUAACUCGGUUAGCGCACAGAGUCCCAUGAACGGUGUGCAGAAUCCACUGCUUGUUGACAAUCAGCAGCAGGUUUUGCAAUCCCAACAACAGGUCCAAAAGCAGCAACAACAGCCCACUAUCGUUAACCAGCCUUUCAUUAGCAACCCAUCGAAUCCAAUACAAUUGCAAUAUAACCAGAAUAACAAUGUGCCAGUUAAUCGUUGGCUUUUUCCAUCUCAGCAACAGAGGCCGUCGUUUCUACCUGGAACUAACGCUGGCAUGAGUGUAGCCCAUAAUCCAAAUUCUGCACUUAUAUCUCAACUUUCAACUCCACCUAACCAAGGAGUCAAUUCAAUGUUACAACAUCAGCAAGCUUUGCGAAUGCAAAUGAUAAACCAGCAACAGACACAGCAAUCCCAAAUUGGUCAGAUGACUGCGCCUCAACCACAGCAGCAACCUCAACAAAAUCUGCAACAACAGCAGCAGCAACAGCAACAACAGCAGCAGCAGCCUAACAAUGAUGGGGUCGGAAUUCGAGAUCGCGAAAAAAUUUGGUCAGGUCUGCUGGAAUGGAUUGAAAAAACUAAACCAGGUCAGGCAAAAAUUACACGCCAGGUUCAUUGUCACGUGACGACAAACAGCAGGGACGGUGAGCCUGAAAUUAGGGCGGAAAAUUGGCCACCAAAACUUCUGAUGCAACUCAUGCCAAAGCACCUAGUUGGCAACAUCGGUGGUCAGUAUCUAAAAGAUUCAAAAAUGGUUGUCUUUCGACCGAAUCCUUGUGAGGCUCUUGAAACGCUAUCAAAAGUAAUGACGGGUGGUUUUGCUGGAUGUGUUCACUUUUCAACAUCUUCAUCGAUGCCUUCCUGUGAGAUUAAGGUGCUGAUUCUGCUUUAUACGGCUGAAAAAAAUGCUUUCUUAGGUUUCAUUCCUAUCAACCAAUCAAUGUUUGUAGAUAGGUUGCGCAAAGUUAUUCAGCAAAAACAAACCAUGGGGCAGCAAGGGCCUGCAGUGGGAAUACAACAACAGCAAGCACUUCAAUCCCAACAGCAGCAAUCUCCGCAUAAUCCAAAUAUGCCUGGAAAUAGCAUCCAAGCUCCUAAUGCGUUACAACAACAAUCCGUUCAACAGCAACAUCAGGCGAAUCAACAAAAAUCUAUGGAAGUACAGCAAGAACAACAUCAACACUACAAUCAGUACGCCCAAAUAUCUGUUCAGCAAAUGCAGGAGGGAUUAGGAGGUGGACCACAGCAGCAGCAACACAACAUGGGCAUAGUUCAACAGCAGCAACAACAGCCACGGAUGUCUGUUAGUAUGAGUGUUCCACCACAAGUUUCGCAUGGAAUGCAACAACAGAGAAUGGUGCGACCCAUGAUAAGUAAUAAUCCAGGCCUAAGACAUCUUUUACAACAGCAAACCACUCCUGUUAACCACUUUAGGCCUCAGUUGACUGCAAUCAAUAACCCAAAUAUGGGCGCUCCACCACACAUACAAAAUCGAGGAAAUCAGUUUGAUGAUCAGGGCUUUGAUUUUAUGUAAUAAAAUAAGCAUGUUCAUGUUGUAUGUAUGUAAGAACUCGUUAAGAGUUGGCUUAUGUUCAAGCUUUGACAAACGGUUUUAUUGUUUCUCACAAGCAAAAAUAAAUCGUAUAAAAAUAUGUAAGUGUCCAGGAAAUAAAAACCUGAUACAAUCCCGGGCCAAUGUGGCACCGAGCAGGCUUCAAGUCCGCCAUUCCAAUCUUCUUAUAUUUAUUUGAGCAAUAGCGACUUAAAAACACUUUCUUGGGAUUGAAUGGUUAUAAACGUGAAUUAAUUAAAAAUUAAUAUCAUAAUCAAAGUUUAUAUAAUAUACACUUUUCUUUUAUAAUCAAAUAUGUCAUUCUCAAUAAAGUUAUAUAUGUAUGUGAAAUUUUCAAAUUUCGUCAAAUAAAAUCUGUUUUUAAA